UACAAUAACAAUACUAUGCCUAAUCUUUUCAUUUACGGACUGACUCACUCUACAGUAACACAGCGCAAGGGUAAUAUGCCAAUGAGAUGCGACCUUUGGCUGAAGAAGAAGAACCCAAACAUCAAAUGGACAACGUUAGGGCUCCCUCUAGAUGACCACAAGAAGACAGCUCCUGCCACCGAUUAUGAGCCUGCCUUCAGAUCCUGUACACUGAGUAAACGGACAGCCGUCACGCACGACACGUAUCUGAUGACCUUUGACCUUCCAGAGGGCACACAGUUCAAAGUUCCAGUCGGAAAUCAUGUCUAUCUCAAAGCAAACAUCAACGGGGAAGAAGUGAGCAGACCAUAUACACCAGUCUUCCCAAGUCUACUCAAGGACGACGGGGACGAGGAGACGGAUGGACCCAAUUCCAGGAACAGCGUUCACCUAAUGCUCAAAGUAUAUCCACAGGGGCAGUUCACCCAACACUUAGCAACUCUCAAAGAAGGUGACAAUAUAGAGAUGAGCAACCACAGUGGUACCUUCGAUCACGAGUGUACAUACAAGCAGCUGACAGUGGUCUAUUUUAUCGCGGCAGGCACGGGCUUCACGCCCAUGGUUAAACUUAUACAGAUGGGCCUGGCUGAAGAUUCCAAAUGCAAAUUAAAACUCCUCUUCUUCAACAAGACUCAGAAGGAUAUUGUAUGGAGGGAACAUUUGGAUGAGUGUGCAGAGCAAAGCAAAGGAAGGUUUGAAGUCACUCACAUCCUGUCUGCUGAAGGUGCGCCGUCUUGGACGGGUCUCACGGGUCGCAUCAGUAAAGACCUGCUGGGCAAGAUGAUACCCAAGCAUGGACCCAAAGAAACUCCCGUCUUUGCCAUUUGUGGACCUACACCAUUCAUGAACACGGCUUACCAACUACUUCUUGAUGCUGGUAAUAAUGAGAAAUGCAUCUGCAUGUUCGCUGGGUGAUCACAAGAAGAGACGUUGGACAAAGAAAAUAGACUUUUGAUGAAAACAUUUUACGAUAGACUGGAUUAGUUUUUAAAGUACAUCUCAGUGCUGCCUAUCCAACCAUAAAUACUUCAGACCUGUUAUGACUUGUUACGACCGCCCUAGCCUUACGACACAUCAACCUACAUGUAGCGAUAGUAUCGUCCUUGUUUUCACGAAGUGACGGUAGUGAGGAAAAUCGUAACGCAAAGUGAAUGCAAUUUUUUUUCACUACC